AUGAUUAGAAAGUCUAACACUUUAUAAAUAGAAAGAAAUCGGGCUUCAAGUGAGAAUUUGCUUUCUCCUAAAGAAGAAUCUAUAAAAUUUAUAUUAGAAAGUCCUAAUUCAAAAGAAUUUAAGUAAUCAAACAGAAUGAACAAGUCAUCACUACUUGAAAUAAAAAUGUAUUUUUAAUAUAUAAUAUGAUUUAGAUCAAGAAAAAUAGCAUAAGAAUAAUAAAUAAAACGAUUAAAUAAUAAAAGAAGAUUGAUUAGGGCAUUUAGAAAAGUAUAUUUGAUAAAUAUGUUUCUUUCAAUUGCUAAAUAAAUGGACUCUAAAAAGUUAUAAGGAAAUCAUAAAAAAAAAAUUGAUAAAUUACUUCUUUACCCAGUAAAAAUGUAAGAUGUAUUUUAGUUAAGGAGGAUCGGUUUAAAAAGAUAUGGGAUAUUUUUAUGUUAAUUGUUUUAGUUUAUAGUUCUUUUUAUAUUCCAUUUAUGGCAGCUUUUGAGGAUGAUGAAAAUGUAUACAAUGUAAAUAAAUGGAUAUUUUCAAUAAUAUUUUGUAUUCAUUAUUUAUAUUCAUAGCUUUUGAUAUAAUUAUUUUAAUGAGACUAUGUUAUUAUGAUGAUAAUAACUAUUUAGUUUAAGAUUCUAUUUUGAUAGCAAAUAAUUAUUUGUUUGGUUGGUUUAUAAUUGAUUUCAUUUCAGUAAUUCCUUUAUAGUAUUGUCAAUUAAUUAAGGUAUUUAGAAUAAAAAGAGUUUAAUAAAUUGUUAGCGCUUCUUCUUUAAAUUAAAAUAGGAUGUAAUGUUAUUGAAUAAUUAAUAAAAUAGUUUAGAUUCUAUGUAUAAUUUUUUGGAUAUGAAAUAAGCAACUUUAUUUUAAAUUUUAUUUUUUAGUAUAAUUGGAUUUCAUUACUCAACAUGUCUAUGGGCUUUAUCAAGAUAAUGGUCAAAUCAUGAAGUUCCUAGCUAUUUAGAUGCAAUUUAUUGGUCAAUGUAAACCUUAUCAACAACUGGAUAUGGAGAUAUAACUCCUUCCAGUAUGCUUGAAUAUAUAAGUACAAUAUUUUGCACACUUUGUGGAGGUAUAUUUAUGAGUUUAGUUAUUGGUAAUUUAAGUGGUAUUCUAGCUGAUAUGGAUACUGAAACUUAAUAUAAUAAAAUUUUAAAUGACAUUAAAGUUUUAUUUAAUUUAGUAACUAUUCUACCUGAUUAUAAAUAAGAAAUCUUGAAUUUCAUUUUUACUAAUCAUAAAUACAAUCAAAGUUGGUCAUUAAAUUAAUAAGAAUGGUUUAAAAACCUUCCUUAGAAUAUAUAAAAUAAAAUUUUAUUAGCUGUAGCAAAAAAGGAAUUGUUGAGUAUCUCUUUAUUUAGAACAUCUAUUCCUUUUUCAUUAAAAGUAAUUAGACAUAUAAGUCUAAUGAAGGCAAAAGCUGGAUAAUUGAUUUGGUUAAAAGGAGAUCCUGUAGAUGAAAUCUUUUUUCUAAUUGAAGGCAUCGUUUAAUAUAGAAAUUAAUUUGGUAAAGAACUCCUUGAAAUUUAAGCAGGUUCUAUAUUUGGAGAAUAAGAAUAUUUUAAUAGAAAAUAAAUUAUAUUAAGAUAAUAACAGCGUAAAUAGUAUGCAAUAGCAAAAUAGAAUUGUUAUUUUUUAAUAGUUCAUAAUUCUCGUUUUUUUUAAUAUCUAAAAGAAUUUCCAGCCUUAUAAAAAUAUUUAUAAAUGUUUGCAGAACAUAGAUUAGAUGAUAUUCUGAUUAGAUAAAAAUAAUAUGAAAUUGAAGCAGAAAAAGAGAGAAUUAGUGCUUAGAAAUUAGAAUUAAUUAAAUCUGCAAAUAGAAUAGAAGUAAGAGAAUACAAAGGAAUCAUGAAACAUAAAUAAAGCAUCAUUUAUGAUACUAGAUAAAGUAACACUGAAAGCAUUUUAGAAAAAAUAUUAAAAAAUAGAGUAACAAAGUUAAAAUUGUUGAUGGAAAGAUUUAGAAAAGUUGUUUAAAUGAUAAUAUUUGCCAAUAGAACUUUAGAUAAAUAAUAUUUAUCAACAUCAAUUCAAAAUUCAUAGUCUAAUCUUUAUACAAGAAAGCUUAAAUCUAAUAAAGUUUUACCUAUUGAUAUCUUUUUAAAAAUAAAAUAAAGUGAAAUUAAAAUUAAAGAAUUUAAAAAAAUUUCAUUAGAAAAAAGAAAUUAAUUUAAAAAAGCUUUUGAAGUAUUAUGCUAAGAUAAAAAUAAUUUAAUCAGAUAAUCAUCAAGAAAUAAUAGUGAAGUACGUCAAGGAAAAAAGAAAAGUGUUUUAUUAAUUCGUACUUCAUCCCAAAAAUUAGAUGAAUUUUUUGCUUAAAUGAAAAUUUUAGAGAGGAAUCUUAAUUUAGCCUAAUGGGCAAUCUUCUAAAGUUAAAAAGAUUUAGAGAAGGAAUUACAAUGUAUAAGUAGAUUAUUUGAAAUAUAAGAUUUCUCAAAAUUAAUUUGA